AUGGACCUGUCCGACAUUCCGUUCAAUGUGCCAGUAAUCAUCCAAAUGAUACGAAAAAAAGAAAAAUCUGCAGAAUCCUCUCGGGUCCAAAAAGCUAGUUGCUUAAAAGACGACCGUGACAUAUACGAGCACGUCAUUCUGCACCAUGUUCGUGACGACAAGGUCGCUAUCGAGUCUCGACGCAACGGCCGCUUCUUGCAAGUGCGAACGUCGGGGAAAUGCGUGUUCGAUCCUACGGAACCUGGUGAAUGGGAACUUUUUACCAUGGAGACGAACUGGAAGUGUUCCCUUUUCUUUGUGUCAUGCCACACAGGAAACGUCCUCCAAUGUGCCGAUCCCGAUAUUGUUCUGUGUGCAAAUCAGGAUCAUGAGAGUUGGAAAGCGUAG